GUGGAAACCAGCAUUGCCGUUUACGUGUCUGCGUUUACGUUUUUCCACAUCGCCAUUCUUUAUUUUACAAGUGAAUAUGAUGUCAUUUUUAUUUUAAAUGGAAACUGUGCCCUGCCUCCGCGUGUCCCGUUGCCGCGCACAGCAAUUCCGGGAAGACCUCCAAUCCCGAAAUUUCCUCGACCGAAGUUUAUGUAUUGUGAACGAGCCUACUGGGACUGUCCUGCUGCCCGUUUUGCCUUCAUCUUUACCACAACUUGACGUGACGUUUCUAAAAGAAGUCGCAACAGUAUGGUGCGAGCCUUCUCUGGUGUCCAAGAAAGAGAGAAGCAAGAGGAGAAGUGAUGAGCUGGAGAAUUUCCUCCAGGAGUUGGUGGAAGCUUACGGAGAAAGUUGGACGAAGGAAUUGAAAGAGGAUCUUCCCCGCAGCUUCCAGCGGCAUGGAGAUUUAGUCCUGCUGGGGCACAAAUGUUUCUCCCUGCCCCUAUGGAAGAAAAUGGAUCAACGGCUGUGGCGCGCGGUCGCCAAAGGCCUGGGAGCCAAACGGCUGGCGAAGAUGAGCCGAAUAUCCGGCGACGGCUUCCGAUCUCCUCGGGUGACCGUGCUGCUGGGAGACCGGACCUGGGUCAAACACGUGGACAACGGCAUUACGUACGAGUUUGAUGUCACCAAAUGCAUGUUUUCUGCUGGGAAUAUUACAGAGAAGCUUCGGGUUGCCGGGUUCGACUGCCGGGGCGAGACGGUGGUUGACUUAUAUGCGGGUAUCGGAUACUUCACACUUCCAUAUUUGGUCCACGCGAAAGCGGCACAUGUCCACGCCUGCGAGUGGAACCCGCAUGCGCUCGAGGCUCUGCGUAAAAACCUCGCAAGCAACAGAGUACAGGACCGCUGCACAGUUCACCCUGGGGACAAUCGACAAGUUCAGCUGUGCAACAUUGCAGACCGGGUGAACAUGGGUCUCAUACCAAGCUCCGAGGACAGCUGGCCAGUCGCCUGCCGCCUGCUGAAGAAAACCACCGGCGGUAUUUUACACAUCCACCAAAACGUCACAUCACCAAAGACGGCCGCCGCCUCCCAAGGAAGCCGUGACGUGGACUGCAGGGUACCCGGGAAGAGACCUGACGGAGAGGCGUGGCGGACCUGGGCUGGCGAGACCGCGGUCCGCAUCGCGCGUCUUUUGGAGGAACUCACUGCUACUGUGUGGAGAACCAACGUCCGACACAUUGAGCACGUGAAGUCAUACGCGCCUCACGUGCAUCACGUUGUGCUGGACUUGGAGUGCAGGCCGACCUGAAUGAAGACACAGUCAAGCCUCGGUUCUCGAACGUCCCCGUUUUCGAACAAAAAUCGGCACUCGGAACGGCCCGGACAAAACCCGGAAAUAACAUAUUGCGCGCGGUCAGACCAGCUGACCCACGACGGGCUUUGUUGUGAAUUCCCACGGCGCCGAAAAAACCUUGACAUAACAUAAUGCGGCCGACGCAAGCAGCUGACCCCACCCACGACGGGUUUUGUUGUUGUCAAUUCGAACCCCCCCACCCCCGUAUUAACCCCCAAUCAUGGCUCCAAAGAAGGCAAGUUACUUGUUGUAAAGUUAUUCUGCAUUUUUGUUAAUAAAAAAAAGUUUACAAUGCUGGGGGACGAGUCGUGACAGAUACGGCAAUGCGCUCCCAGCCUAGCGUACUCUACUACUAAAGCAUACAUUUUAAGCAAAAAAUACAUAUAUUUCUUAAAUUAUUUUAUUAUGUAAAGUAUUUUAACUAUACAUGUAUUUCUACUGUGCAGUUUAUUAUCAGGAAAAGCUAAAAAAAAUGCUUUAAAUAGCCUAAUUCUUUAGGCUUGGAACGGAUUAUUUCUUUUUCUAUUCAUUGUAAUGGGAAACAUAGAUUUGUUUUUGAACAAAUCACUUCUCAAACCGUUUUCUGGAACGGAUUGUGGUCGAGAAGGCAUCACUGUACAAAUUUUUUUUUUUGGGGGGGGGCGGCAGCACAGUGACAGAGACUGAACUCUAAAAUGGCAAAUUCACUUGAGCACUGUUUAGUGUGUCUUUGCUCGUAUUUCCCAAAUCCAGAUGUGAAUA